AUGGACCUAUUGUCUUCACCAUGCAUCAAGACAUUGCACGACGCACCUUCCAUCGUGAACCUUCCUUUAUGGUCACCUUCCAGUAUGACCACUGUCCACCUUGACCACAUCAACCUUGGACCUUCCACCAUUGACCUUCCACUAUGGUCACCUUCCAUCAUGACCCAAAUCAACCUUGGUCUUCCAACAUGGACCUUCCAUCAUGACCAUUGA